AUGGGGCAGUUCAGCUCUAUCCCUGUCCAGAAACUCCAGGAGAAGGUGGGCUUCUCUUUUGGUGAGGGGAGCUUCCACCUCUUCAAUUCCUGCAGGUUGAUCGGUCCUGAGCCCAAACCUGGAGACAUGAUUGAGAUGACCAGCGGUUGUUUCAAGCAUUGGGCUGUGUGUGUGGGACCUAAUUCUGUGGUCCAUUUGACUGUCGACGAGUAUGAGACUCAGGGUGUGGAAUCGAGCAUGGCAGCAAAUGUCCAGGGCACCCGAUUCAUGGUGAAAAAAGAACAUCUGGCCAAGGUGGCUGCGGGGUUCGAGUACUGGGUCAACAACAAACACGAUGGUAAGCGCCGAGUGCGAUCUCCUGAGAAUAUCGUCCAGAUGGCCUUGGCGCUGGUUGGGAAGGAGUGGCCCUACAGACUCACCCAGGUGAACAGUGAGCACUUCGCCAUAGAGCUGCGCUACGGGGAACCCAUCUGUGAGCAGAAUAGAGUCGGUCCUGAGCCCAAACCUGGAGACCUGAUUGAGAUUUCCAACGGUGGUUUAGAGCACUGGGGCGUGUAUAUGGGAGAUGAUUAUGUGGUCUCACUGGCUGGCAUUGACACUAAGAUUCUGUCUAUGGAGAAGAUCAUGGAGAUGGAUGCCCUGGACAUCAAAACCGUGGUGAAGAAGGUGUGCCUGAGAGUUUCAAUGAGAAAUUGCUUGUGGUGGAUCAAUAACAAACACGAUGGUCAGCGCCAAGUGCAGUUUCGUGAGGACAUCGUCCAAAAUGCGUUAAAACUGGUGGGGCAGGAGUUGCCCUACAGCUUCACCAAGGAGAACUGUGAGCGCUUCGUCAUGCAGCUGCGCUACGUAGACACCAUCUCCGACCAGAAUAGAGUCGGUCCUGAGCCCAAACCUGGAGACCUGAUUGAGAUUUCCAACGGUGGUUUAGAGCACUGGGGCGUGUAUAUGGGAGAUGAUUAUGUGGUCUCACUGGCUGGCAUUGAUACUAAGAUUCCGACUGUGAAAUCGACUUUGGCGGCGUCUGUCCAAGACACCCAAUCCGUGGUGAAGAAGCAGCUGCUGUCGGAGGUGGUCAUGGGGUGCAUGUACCGGGUCAAUAACAAACACGAUGGUAAGCGCCGAGUGAGAUCUCCUCAGAACAUCGUCCAAAUAGCCUCUGACCUGGUGGGGCAGGAGUGGCCCUACAGUUUCAGCGAGAAGAACUGUGAGCACUUUGCCACGGAGUUGCGCUACGGAGAACCCAUCUCCGAAGAGGGUGUUCUCAACCAUUGCCCCCGUCCACAGCAUUUUCCACACUGA